CAUGCAACUUGCAUCAACCAACUUUACCUUAGCUUCCUCUGCUUAUAAAAAAAAAACCCAUCUCCCUCAAAAGAAAAGAACCACCUCGCUCUGCUUCAUCUUCAUCUCUCAAUCAGAAGCAGCCACCCAAUCCCCCCCUGUUUUCCACACCAUAACUCCCCACCUCUCUCAAAACUGCCUCCUCUGUUUUCCACCCAUCGCCAUAACUUCCCUCCCCUGUUUUCCCACUUCCUCUCCUCGAUCGGAAAAAAGAAAAAAAUGUCACCGCCGGCUUCUUCCUUUCACCUAAUUACCAGCGUUCUCAUUCAAUUCCUGCUUCUCGCUCCUCACUUCCCUCUGACAUCGCCACAACUUCUCAAAGGUUGUGGCUUUUCGGCCUUGUACAAUCUCGGCGAUUCGUUGUCCGACACCGGAAAUGCACUUGUUCACUUCGAUUUCGGCGGAAACGGCAAGUAUCCCUACUACGGGGUGACCGUCGGGGAGCCAAGUGAUGGAAGAUUCUCCGAUGGCUUGCUUCUGAUAGACAGAAUCGCUGAGUCGGCCGGGUUACCACACUGUAACCCUUACCUUAGAAAAGUUCGGCAUAAACUACACCUACUCUCAAAGCGCCCUCGACGUGCAGCUCAAAUGGUUCGUCAAUUUCUUAAAAAAAGCAUUCCACAACGAAUCAGCCCGCAAGGCCAACUUCGAAUCGGCCCGGUUCGUUCUAGGGCGGCGGAGGGAACGAUUACAGCGGGACCUCUUGUUCUCAUUUGCUGUAAUGAUGGUUAUCUUCCUUUUGUUUUUGUUUCAUGAGGCGUGAAGACAUUGGGCAUGAUUUGACUCUUUAAGUUUAGCUUAUAUUGGGCUUUUAAGUACUUGUUGCCAUGCUGUAAUGGAUCGUGGUUAUCUAUAUGUAGUUUGAUUGAGUCGGAAGUGUUAGGUUAUGAGUUAAUUUCAAGGGCAUGUGAGUUAAUGGUGGUUUCUUUAAGUAACUUGUUGUCAUGCUGUAAUGGAUCGUGGUAAUCUGUAUGUAGUUUGAUUGAGUCGGAAGUGUUAGGUUAUGAGUUAAUUUCAAGGGCAUGUGAGUUAAUGGUGGUUUCUUUAAGUAACUUGUUGUCAUGCUGUAAUGGAUCGUGGUAAUCUGUAUGUAGUGUGAUUGAGUCGGAAGUGUUAGGUUAUGAGUUAAUUUCAAGGGCAUGUGAGUUAAUGGUUCUCUACUUAAUGAAAUUUGCAACUUGUUAAGCCC